GAAAAAUUUAAUAAAUAAAUAAAAUUAAAUUAAAAAAUUCAUUUUGUUACAGAUGACAAUGGCCUUAAUCCAGUUUGGGCAUUUCAGGAGCAAGUGAAAUUUGAAAUUUAUGACCCUAACACAGCAUUUCUGCGCUUCGUUGUUUAUGAGGAAGACAUGUUCAGUGACCCCAACUUCUUAGCACAUGCAACUUUUCCAAUCAAAGGAGUCAAAUCAGGCUAUCGGUCAGUCCCCCUCAAAAAUGGAUAUAGUGAAGAUAUAGAGCUGGCUUCUCUUCUGAUAUAUUGCGAGACGCAGCAGAUCUUGGAAAGCGAGGAAGAUCUCUAUUCAUCUUUCCGGCAGCUGCGUCAGCGCCAAGCGGAACUGAACAAUCAGUUGUAUGACACCCGGCGAAACGCCAGGGGUCCCAAUCGAGAUGCUUUGCUGAGAGAGUUCAGUGCAAACGAGGGCCAGCUGCAGGUCUAUCAGGAAACCUGCAACCGGAGAUUGAGAGAGAAACGAGUCAGCAACAGCAAAUUCUAUUCCUAGAAACCUGAGUUCCCUUGGGUGGGUUAUUUAUAAAGCCACCUGGUGAAACUGUAUUGCUCUCCUGACAUUUUCUGGAACAGAAGACGUCUACAGCAUGCCUCAACUGGAUUAAAAGUUUUUGAAAUGACACCCUAAAGAGCAAAAGAGGUUAAACCACCAGCUGCAUUAUGGACCAUGCCUGGUUUUCCCUAUGCAACAGCCUGAAAAAUGUCAGAUUCUGAAGAAAAACAACUUUUUGUGUGUAUAGAUUUUUUAAAAGUCGUAAAAUCAGUUUCUGAUUUAUGAGGCUGAAGCGUUAUUUAUUUUUAAAUGUACGUGUAUGUCAAAGGUAUGAGUGUAUGUAUAAGGCUGAAUGGCACCAAAUUUACAUAGAUUUGUACAAUUUUAAGAGAUUAAAAAGUGUCAACUAUAAAUGUAUAUAUUUUGUCUGGAUGACUUUGUAAAAAGGCUAUUUUUGUGGUGAGUUUGAAGGCCUUGACACACAUUAAAAUGAUUGUCCUAUUUUA